AUGCUACACAUUCUCUUCCGUGAGCUCAAGCUGUGCUAUGGCUUCGUGCGCCGUGAUCUGGGAACAGGCAUGCUGCCUGUUCCUGGCUUCACCCUGGCAUCAUUACUCUAUCGACAGGCCUCGACGGAGGAGAUAACCGCAACAAUCCCAAAAGCCUUCCUGUACGGGUUCCUCUACCUGUACACCUUCGUGGUAUCCAACCAGAUCACCGGCGUCAGCGAAGACAAAAUCAACAAGCCUGACCGACCGAUUGCCUCAGGCGCCGAGUCCGUGACAGCAGCCAAAACGCGGUACUGGAUCCUCACGGCGUUGUACCUGGCGUACGGGACGUAUCUGGGCGCCCCCGAAUGGACCCUGCUGUGGAUUGCGACCACCAUCGCACACAACCCGCUCGGCUUCUCCAACUUCGGCCCGACCAAGGAUCUCUGCAUGGGUCUCGGCUGCAUUGCUCAGCUCAAGGCGGCGUGGAUCAUCGGCGGUGCGGCGCCGGAGAUGGGCUGGCACUGGAUCAAGGUCAUUACACUGUACAUGCUCUGGCCUAUUCCGCUGCAGGACCUGCGUGAUGUUCCGGGGGAUAAAGCUGCGGGGAGACGGACAACCCCUAUUCUCUUGGGAGACAUGCCGGCUCGCAUUUAUAUCUCUGCAGGAAUCAUCGUCUCGCAGUUCAUUCUGAUCAAAUACCGUAUCCUCGAAUACCGCUACGACUCCUCCACCAUCGCCCUCUCCGUCCUGCUCGUCCUGAUGACCAUCGGUUGUGUCGUGCGGCUUUUCGCCUUCCGCUCCUUGACCAGCGACCGCUUCUCCUACUGGCUUUACACCGUCAUCUACGUCUUUCAGCCGUUGUCGGCGUGUAUUACCCUGCGUUGA